AUGAACAAGACUCCUCACUCCUCUCAGCUGCUCGCUCUGCCAGUCCAGUCUAAUCCUCGAUCCUCUCCCCCCGCCAGUCCCCCGCCUUCGCAGACUCGCAGCGAGGCAGAGUUCCAGACUUGCAUUCCGCAGUCUCGAAUUGCGCUAGGCGGCAGGCGCCUCCAGAAUCCACAGCUCCAUCGUUUCAGCGGCGCUGGCUCCAGGAUCCACAAGAAGCUUGCUGUUUAUAAGAAAUGAAGAGCUAUUGGCAACGGAAAGAGCUACCUUUUCUCAUACUAUAUGCUCUUGCUUUCUAUGCUAUCAUUAUCCAUCGCGCUCUCCAACUCUCUAGGGUUCACUAUACCCAGCUUCAUGGAAUGCAGCACAGUUGGAUCAUUCAUGGACUAAAUGAUGCUUCCGAUGCACAAUGGAGACAUUUUAGAGGGAACCUACCAAUUCUUACCUUGGUUUUUGCAAUCUUUACUGUAGUAGCUACUGUAUUUAGAUCAUACGGUCUAAAGGCAAAGGGGAUGUCCAUUAUCUGGCUUCUCAUUUCAUUGGCUUACUUAUCAUAUCUCCAUGGUGCUUGCCUUUUAUACGUUUUUUCAAUUGCUUCUGGCAAUUAUUUUAUAGUAAAGAUAUGUGGAAGGACAAAAUUUGUCUUUGUGUUGUGGAUAUAUAAUCUGGCAUUUCUUGUAUGUAACCGGGUUUAUGAUGGAUAUCCCUUCUCAUCUUUUGGGCAACGUUGGGCCUACUUGGACAACUACCGAGGAACCUUCAGGUGGCAUAUCUGCUUUAAUUUCGUUGUCCUGCGAAUGCUUAGUUUUGGAUAUGACUACCACUGGGCAGAUAAAAGUAAGCACUUUGAUGAAGAGAAGCACCUCCAUCACUGUGAAAAGUGUUCAUCAGGAAGAACAUGCUAUCUGCUAUUACAGGAGAGAACCUUGCAGGAUGAUAAGUUCUCCAUUGCUACCUACUUGUGUUAUUUAUUUUAUGCUCCCCUCUACAUUGCAGGUCCUAUCAUGAGCUUCAAUGCAUUUGCCUCCCAGUUGGAUGCUCCUCAGAAGACUUACCUACUACGCGAUGUAUUUUAUUAUGGAUUUCGCUGGGUAUUAAGCUUGUAUCUUAUGGAAUUAAUGACACAUUUCUUUUACUUCAAUGCCUUUGCAGUUAGUGGGAUGUGGAAAUAUUUAUCACCAAUGGAUGUCUUCAUCAUCGGGUACGGAGUACUAAAUUUCAUGUGGCUCAAGUUUUUCCUGAUCUGGCGUUAUUUCCGGUUCUGGUCGCUGGUAAAUGGUAUUGAGCCACCUGAGAAUAUGCCUAGGUGCAUCAAUAAUUGCUACAAUUUGCAAACAUUUUGGAAAAACUGGCAUGCUUCCUUUAAUAAAUGGCUUGUCAGAUAUAUGUAUAUUCCUCUGGGAGGUUCUGGUAGAAAGUUGCUAAAUGUAUGGGUGAUCUUCACAUUUGUUGCUAUUUGGCAUGAUCUAGAGUGGAAGCUGCUUUCAUGGGCUUGGUUGACGUGCUUAUUCUUCAUACCAGAAAUGGUGGUCAAAUCAACAGCAAAUGCCUUCAAGGUGGAAAGUGCUUUUGGUGAGCUUUUCUACUAUGAACUCAAUGCUGUUGCUGGUGCUGUUACCAUCACUUGUCUUAUGAUCGCCAAUCUUGUUGGUUUUGUGAUAGGACCAUCAGGGAUCAACUGGUUAUCAGCUGUCUUCUUAACAAAAAAAGGGCUGCCAGUUUUAUGUGCCAUGCUUGUGACAUUUUACAUUGGGACUAAGCUCAUGUUACAUAUAUCUGACUCCAAGAAAAGGAAACUUCAAAAGUAGAUUAUGCAAAUAUUUGGCUGAAGUACACUCUAAUUGCAUUUUUCCGGAGGCACGUAUAGUGCUUUUGUAUCAUUGACCAAGCAGUUGUAUCCAAAACAAAACAAAAAUGAUAUUGCCCCAGGAUUGGACCAAGUUUAUUGGGAGGGAUUAAAUCAGAAUUUCAUUAGUGUCGAUGAUAGGGUGUGAAAUAUGCACAUGAUACAAAUACGCCCCUUUUGAAGUUGCUGGUUUCAGAACAUCUGCAUAGUCCUUCCUCUCUUUGUUAUUUCCUCCGCUGUGAAACUCUCUGGGGCCUCCUUUCCUCUCCAGUAAAUUAUUGCUUAGGAGUACCUUCAAGACCGAUCAAUCUGGCAACACACCUGGUUCCUUUCUUUUUGGUUUAACUUGACAUAAUGACAUAUCAUCUACUUUGCAAUUAAAUUAUUGAGUAGCUAACUAUAACUCUUUUAAAAGCACUCUUCCCCAACUCAAUCAUGAACUGCAAAUUCCACGAGAUUAAAAAUAAGAAACUAUAACUAAAUAUCACCGAUCUGUGUUUUCAUUGGCUUAAAUAUGCUUUGAGUCAGUUAAUUUGCAGACAAUAUCUACCUUAGCAAUUGAAUCACAAAAGCCAGAAUUGUGUACAAGUUCAAGCACAAGACGAUUAACAUGACUCGAUAUCGCUUUAAUAAAUGCACAAAAAAUGCAGUUAAUUACACCAAAACUGCACAUGUUCAAAUUCAUCAAAGAAAUGAUGCAGUGGAACAAGCUUUUUUUGCACCAUAAU